CUUAUCUCACCCUCGAAGCAACGGUUUAAACCAACAACCAUUCACUCUCUCUCUCUCUCUCUCUCUCUCACAUAUCAGAAGAAAAAUAUAAUGGCUGUUCAUAUUCAGAACCCUAACUUUUUGCACACUCAUCAGCUCCGAUCAUCUCUUACAUCGGCCUCUGCAUCACCUGCUUCAUAUCACUUCACCAGAUAUUCUCCUGCAAAACAUUCCGGAAUCAUCUGCAAGUCCAAUAACAAAGAUGACUAUCUUAUUGAUGCUCCUGUGUCUGCUGGAGAUGGAUUCUCAUUCAGUGGAGGGAAGUAUUCGGAUCAACCGAGUCCAUCAGAUGAAUGGUUAAAGCAAGGCAAAUGGGUUAAAGCUCACAGAGUUGGGGGAUCUGGUGAAGAAGCCAAAGAUCCCAUUUUCGGACUAACAAUGGGAUCUAGCUCUCAAGCUUCAAAAGAUGUUUUCAGGUGGUUUUGUGUGGAAUCUGGGAAGGUAGACAGUCCUCCUGUUAUACUCAUCCAUGGAUUCCCAUCCCAGUCUUACUCUUACCGGAAAGCUCUUCCCGCCCUGUCAAAGAACUACCGCGCCAUUGCCUUCGAUUGGCUAGGAUUUGGAUUUUCUGACAAGCCUCAGGCUGGAUAUGGAUUCAACUAUACAUUAGACGAGUAUGUUUCGUCGCUUGAAUCAUUCAUUGAUGAAGUUACUACUACUCAGGUCUCACUGGUUGUGCAGGGAUACUUCUCAACUGCUGCGGUUAAAUGCGCAAGAAACCGACCAGAGAAGAUCAAGAAUCUCAUACUCUUGAAUCCUCCUCUCACUCCCGAACAUGCUAAACUUCCAUCAACCUUGUCUGUAUUCAGCAACUUUUUGCUCGGGGAGAUUUUCUCUCAGGAUCCUCUGAGAGCAAGUGACAAGCCUUUGACGAGCUGUGGUCCUUACAAAAUGAAAGAAGAUGAUGCGAUGGUUUACCGAAGACCUUAUCUGACCUCAGGUUCUUCUGGUUUUGCACUUAACGCCAUCAGCAGGGCCAUGAAGAAGGAGCUUAAGGGCUAUACAGAAGAAAUGAGGACCUCACUGAUGGAUAAAGACUGGAAAAUCCCGACCACCGUGUGCUGGGGACAGCGAGACAAGUGGCUGAGCUAUCAAGGAGUUGAAGAGUUCUGCAAGAGUUCAGGACAUGAUCUCGUUGAACUUCCAAUGGCUGGUCAUCAUGUCCAAGAGGAUUGCGGAGAAGAGAUUGGGGGACUAAUCUCAAGAAUCAUAAGCAAAUCUGCUCUUAUCUAACUAGGGCGACUCCGCAAGAAGAUAGAGAAAACACAAAGAUGUCAUGGACAACCCCAUUUGUUAAAAGAAAAAACUCAAGUUUUAUUUCACAACCUUGUGUAUUUCCAGUGGUACAUAUAUAAGUCAUUAGUAAGAUUUUUGUGCUAAA